AUGUUGUGUUUCUUCUUGUGCAGACUUUCUGGUUAUUCUCAAGAGGGAAUUUACCCGAUGAACUACUACAAUCAUCAACUCUAUGGAGGACAACAGUACUCUCCAUAUAUGGGACCUCUACCAUCAGGAAUGUUCCAUGGUUACUAUCCUUUCUAUCCUCAUAAAUACAACCCAGCACAAAGUAGCUAUCAAGCUCAUACUCAGACUCAACACCUCGUGAAGCAAUACCCUUACUUGCCUCGUGAGCAAUUUAUCCCACAUCCUCCUCCGCCUCCAGUUCUCUCCCUCCCAACCUCGUUGGCUCUAUCAUUAUCAUCUUCAUCCUCUACAAUUUCGACCUCAGCUACGAAAGAACCAGCUGAAAGUAGCAACAAAGAUGGUCUUAAAGAAAUUACAUCACCAUCCAUCAAGAUAGAUGAGGAUUAAUUGACUACCAAAAUACCAGAGCAAAGGGAUUACUUCAUUGUACACUAACUCAUGAUCAAUCUCUCCAACAUGUUCUAGAAAAUAUUAUUUAUAUCGUUUUAGGAUUCUAGAAUCUUAGUUAAUACCUAGGAGGAAGAGGAAGAAGAAACAACCGUCAAUCACUUUCUUUGUUUUAUUUAUUUUUUUAAGAUUCAUAUUGGGUAUUUAUUUUCAGAUUCAGAAGAAAUGUUUUAUGUCUUCU